AUGCCGUUUAGAUCAUCCCUUGUGGUCCUGGGGCUGGUGUUUGUCCUUCUACUGAUGAUCACUAGGGGUUCAGCCCGUUCAUUCCAAGUCUCACCGGAUCAAAAAGAGCGACAGGAAAUCAUGGUGUUAGCUGCGAGAAUUAUAAAGAUUGCUAUGUCAACGCCGCCUUCACCAAGCGAGGUCAUGGAUAAACGUAAUGCCGGAACUAUUGACUCCUUGUACAAUUUACCCGACUUAUUUGCUGCACGGUCAACAUAG